AUGCUAAACUGUUCCAGUGAGGAAGAAGAGGUAGAUCAAACCACUUUGAAAAGGAAAGGAAAGGAACAGGCGACUGAAAAGCCAGCAAAGAUAGGAAAGACAAUGGCACAAGGAGUGACUCUCACUCACAGACUUAUAGAUCUUUCACCUUAUUGGGAUGGAAGGAUGACAGCGUGUUUUGGAUAUGUUCCCUUAACAAUAUUUGUACCAGCCUGGUCACUGGCAGACAAAACACACAUGUCGAAUCGGAGGAAACAAAACUCGUCCUCGGUAACAGGUGGUAGGAUGCUAUCAGAUUUAGCAUCAAAUAGUAGUAACAAGGUUCAUCAGCAAUCUAAUCAUCACUCAAGUUACAAUAGAAUGGGACAAUCUUCUCACCAGAACUAUAGCCAUGAUCAUAACAAAUUUCACAAUCAAGGUGCAAUGAACCAUGGAUCAAACAGACAAAGAAGAGGCAGGAGAGGAAGAGGAAACAGUAGAGGAAAUGGAAUUAGAGGAGGUGGAACUCAAGUUGCAACAAACCCAGCCCCAAUGAUGGUUAUCAAUGGGGUUGUAGUGCCUAAGUACAGACCAGGAGCCUUUGAGGCGUUGAAAGCAGCAAGGCAAGCCAGAGGUAGCAGUAAUGGAACAGGAACAAAUCCGUGA